ACAUAAGGUCUCAUUUCGCUGGGAUAAAUGCCCAGGAGGGCAACUGCUGGGUCGCAGGCCGCCCAGUCAGUGGUAUUCUGUGACAGCAGCCGGAGCUAAGUGAUACCCUGGCUGAAAUAAACGCACGAGGGCGGAGGCUGGAGCAGCCAUCUCAGACCGUGAGAAGGAAGCCCUGUGUUGAGGAUGGCAGAGCAACAAGAGAGAAGAGAUCUGGCUCCUCAGUAGUCGUGGCUGUCAUACCAUUUCUAGAUCUCCUGCCAGGACUCGGAGGAGCAUGCCCCAGGGGACCGCUGCUCCUUUAGCCUGGGUCCUGGAAUGAGAGGCACACAGAGCGGACCUGAACCCAACCCACGGCCUGAAGUAGAGCUAGCACAGCUGAUGUGCAGAACCACGGGAAAGGAACUGUUGCUGUAAGCCAUUGCCAUCUGGGGGAUGUGUGUUAUGCACGUCAACACAGCAAGGACUAUGCAUAUGGGUUCUCUCGGUUACAUUAUCAGAGCUCAUGGGAUAAAACAAGGGAUGAAAGCUGUCCCUUGAAUCUCAUGACAUGGAGGUCUCUGGUGACCUUAGGAAGACUUGCCUCAGUGGAGUAGAGAGGACCGAAGGCAGACUGGAGCAAGUUGAGCCGCGAGUGAGAGAGGCAGAAAAAGUGAUUUGACUUUGGAUUGACUGUAGAAGAAGGGACAGAAAGAGCCCAGAACAUUCCCCCAGAUGUUCCAGCUGUGACUCCUCCAGGGCCCGUUGAUGGGACCAUCUGAAAGGUCGUCCACCAGCUGGACGCCAAAGGAAGCAGAGAUGUGCAUUGGUUCCCAGCUGGAUGAGAAGAGCAGGGGGUGGAGGCCAGGAGACGGGAGCAUCACCCCUCCCCUCCCCCCAGCCCUCUCCUUCCUCUUCCUCUUGCCGCUGGCCAGCGCCCUACAGCUUACUCCACUGCCCUUUCCAGAGCUAAGGCUGGUGGGGGGCCCGAGCCGGUGCCAGGGGCGCCUGGAGGUCCUGCAUGGCGGCUCCUGGGGCAGUGUCUGCGACGAUGACUGGGACGUGGUGGACGCUAAUGUGGUGUGUCGUCAGCUGGGCUGUGGUCUGGCGCUGCCGGUGCCUCGGCCCCUCGCCUUUGGCCAGGGUCGAGGCCCCAUCCUGCUGGACAACGUUGAAUGCCGAGGGCAGGAAGCUGCGCUGAGCGAGUGCGGCAGCAGAGGCUGGGGCGUCCACAACUGCUUUCACUAUGAGGAUGUGGCUGUCUUGUGCGAUGAAUUCUUGCCCACGCAGACCCCAACAAGGAAAGUGUUAACCAGUAAGGCACCCUCUACAACUUCCCAGAAUGGGAAAGGUGAGGGCAGCGUGCGCCUGGUGGGGGGCGCGGGCCCGUGUCAGGGCCGAGUGGAGAUCCUCCAUGGCGGCCUGUGGGGCACCGUGUGUGACGACGACUGGGGGCUACCGGACGCGGCCGUAGUCUGCCGCCAGCUGGGCUGCGGGGCUGCUCUGGCCGCCACCACCAACGCCUUCUUCGGCUAUGGCACGGGGCACAUCCUGCUGGACAACGUGCACUGCGAGGGCGGCGAGCCCCGCUUGGCCGCCUGCCUGAGCCUGGGCUGGGGCGUGCACAACUGCGGCCACCAUGAGGACGCCGGCGCGCUCUGCGCAGUCCUGGGCCUCCCGACUCUCGCAGCACUGCCACCCUCAGCCACCAGAGAGGACUGGGCCUGGCACACACAGCCAGAGGCUACAGGAGUUGGUGCCCUGCCUUCCAGGGAGACGGCACUGUUCACCACACCUGCCUGGGCCUUGGGGAAGAAAAGCAGGCGGCUGCGGCUGGUGGGCGGCCCGGGCCCGUGCCGCGGCCGCGUGGAGGUGAUGUACGCCGGGGGCUGGGGCACCGUCUGCGACGAUGACUGGGACUUCGCGGAUGCGCGCGUGGCAUGCCGCGAGGCGGGCUGCGGGCCUGCGCUGGGCGCCACAGGCCUGGGCCACUUCGGCUACGGCCGCGGCCCUGUGCUGCUGGACAACGUGGGCUGCACCGGCACGGAGGCCCGCCUGAGCGACUGCUUCCACCUGGGCUGGGGCCAGCACAACUGCGGCCACCACGAGGAUGCGGGCGCGCUCUGCUCAGGCCCAGAGGAGCUAGGACUGCAAGUCCAGCAGGACGGUUCUGAGACCACCUGGGUGCCCACUCCUCGGCCCAGAGACGGGCACCUACGCCUGGCCAAUGGAGCCCACCGAUGCGAGGGGCGUGUAGAACUUUUCCUAGGGCAGCGAUGGGGCACUGUUUGUGAUGAUGCUUGGGACCUGCGGGCAGCCAGUGUCCUGUGCCGCCAGCUGGGCUGUGGCCAGGCCCUGGCAGCUCCUGGCGAGGCCCACUUUGGCCCAGGCCGAGGCCCCAUCCUCCUGGACAAUGUCAAGUGCCGUGGGGACGAGAGUGCCCUUCUGCUCUGCUCUCAUAUCCGCUGGGAUGCCCACAACUGUGACCACAGCGAGGAUGCCAGUGUCCUGUGCCGGCCAUUGUGACUCAGCCUGCUCUGCAGACCACCUCUUCUGGGAGCCUACUGUGGCCUGCCCCUCUUCCUCCAGGAAGCCCUCCUCCUGUGACAACUGCAGUUCACUCUGCCCUUCCCUCCCUUGUCUGGGUGAGAACCUGCUCAGACAGUGUGGUCCUGUAUAGAGGAGGCUGGCUCUACUCCAUCAACUUACUGUGUGACCUCACCUGUCAUCAGCUAUUGUAGGCCCAAUUCAAUGAAAGCUCCCACUUUCUGCUCAGCCAAAACAGAAAACGUGGGAAGGGAAUGAUUCCUAAUUCUCCUCCUUGGUGGGGCUCCUGUUACAGCACCCCGACCCUGCCUUCCUAGACCUCGGUCCAAGAGGUUCGGGAGCCCUCCGUAAAUGGAUUCCCUCCCUUCCCCCUACCCAUCUUGGGAUCUUCAAGAAGAGGGAAGGCAGGAGAGGCCUACGGCUCUUACCUUGGACUGCCUGAGCCUGCAGAAGAACCUGGGUCCUUGCCCUGGCCUGCUCCAUGAGGGCCCAGACUCAGAUGGUGCUUGGCUGGACAAGGGGACUGGAGGGGCCAAGACAGGGACAGCGGCCCCUCCCUGCAGCUAGAACAGCAUCUCUGAUUUAUGCUGCCCCCACCACAGAGCCUCCACUUUGCACUAGCAAAGAACCCUGGGGGCCUGUAGCCACCCGUUCAUAGGUGCCAAGUCAAUAAAGCAUUGUCCCCCCGUCUUUUAACUGAGGUCGGUGUUUGGGCACAAGUGCAUCGGUUGUGGCAGCAGGAAAGACUCUGGUUAGGACUUGCUGGAGGAAACAGGCUUGGAGGUGGAGGGUGGUUCAAGAACAUGGUCAGAGAGCUCUCAGCAGGCCCACACGUCCUGGAAAUGCUGACUCUCAGUGUCAGGCCUGGAAGGCCCCUAGAGGUCCCCUAGCCCAUCCCCGCUUGCCUUUUGCAUAUAGAGAAAUCUGGGUUCUGCAAAAGGAAGGGGUGUGCUCAAGGUCACAUGGCAAGGUGCCGGAGUCACUAGAAGAGAAAAAUCGA